AUGGAAUUAUACGGAACUCCCGAUAUUGUGCGGAGGUACGGAAGAGUGUCCGUGCAGCGCACAUUCCGAGAUAGAACUCGUCCUUACGAGGUCCUGAGUGACGUCGAAUUUAGGAAAGACUACCGUUUUUCUCGCCACGUUUUCUUUCAAAUUUGCGGAUUAGUGGAUGCGGACCUUCAAAGGACGGGGUUGGAGAAAAGCAUUAAUAUGUCGGUUGCUGACCAAGUGAGCAUGUCGAUACAUCUGCUCGGGAGGAAUGUGAUGCAGAGUGAUGCGGCAAGACUAGCAGGGUGCAAUCAAUCCACUGUAUCUCGAGUGCUCAAAAAUUUCGUCAGAGCCAUAAAUCGAAGGGCGAGCGAAUACAUAUCCUGGCCUAGCGAAAGGGAGAGCAUAGGAAUCAACGCUAGCUUCUACAGCAGAUAUCAUCUACCUGGAAUUGUCGGAAUAAUCGACGGAACACACUGUCGAAUACAACGACCUACCACAAUGAGGAAGAUUUUGUGUGCAGGAAAGGAUACCACAGCAUCAAUACUACAACAUGAAGGUGCGUGGGUAUGCGCCAACUGGCCCGGAUCUGCACACGAUUCCCACGUAUUCAAGACAUCGGCACUGUACCAGCAGCUGAGGGCUGGGGAAGUUCAAGGUGUCUUGAUAGGGGAUUCCGCUUAUAGCGCGGAGACGUUUUCUAUUAAAGGCCGCUACUCACGUUGUCAUUGA